GCGGCGAGUGGGGAGGAGGCAGAGCGAGGGCUGGCGAGGCGGAGAGUCCUGCAGCCGGUGUCGCCAGAGGAGGCUGUGCGCUGCGCUGGGCUGGGCUGGGCUGGGCUAGGUUAGGCUGGGGGUGGCCCGUUGGAGUCACCCGCCCCAGAAACUCGGAGCUAGAGCUGAGGAGAGCGGGAGAAGAGGGGAGGGGGGCGGCGGCGGCGGCCUUGGACGGGGGACUCAGAACUGGGACUGGACGCGGAUCUCCCCUCCCCGUCCCCUGCACCAUGAGCUGGGGCACCGAACUGUGGGAUCAGUUUGACAACUUAGAAAAACACACACAGUGGGGAAUUGAUAUUCUUGAGAAAUACAUCAAAUUUGUCAAGGAACGGACAGAGAUUGAAAUCAGCUAUGCAAAACAACUUAGGAAUCUUUCAAAGAAAUAUCAACCCAAAAAGAAUUCAAAGGAAGAAGAAGAAUACAAGUAUACAUCAUGUAAAGCUUUCAUUUCCACUUUGAAUGAAAUGAAUGAUUAUGCAGGGCAACAUGAAGUUAUUUCAGAGAACAUGACCUCACAGAUUACUGUGGAAUUAACUCGAUAUGUACAGGAACUAAAGCAAGAAAGAAAAUCGCAUUUCCAUGAUGGUCGGAAGGCACAACAGCACAUUGAAACUUGCUGGAAACAACUUGAAUCAAGUAAACGACGAUUUGAGAGAGAUUGCAAAGAAGCUGACAGAGCACAACAGUAUUUUGAAAAAAUGGAUGCUGACAUUAAUGUUACGAAAGCAGAUGUUGAAAAGGCACGGCAACAAGCUCAAUUACGACAUCAAAUGGCAGAGGAAAGCAAGGCAGAUUACUCAUCCACUCUUCAGAAGUUUAAUCAUGAACAGCAUGAACAUUAUUAUACUCACAUACCAAGCAUUUUUCAGAAAAUACAAGAGAUGGAGGAAAGGAGAAUAGUCAGAAUUGGUGAAUCAAUGAAAACUUAUGCUGAGGUGGAUCGUCACGUGAUACCAAUCAUUGGGAAAUGUCUGGAUGGAAUAGCAAAGGCAGCUGAAUCUAUUGAUCAGAAAAAUGAUUCACAAUUGGUAAUAGAAGCCUACAAAUCAGGGUUUGAACCUCCUGGAGACAUUGAAUUUGAGGAUUAUGCACAACCAAUGAAGCGAACUAUAUCUGAAACUAGUCUUUCAAAUUCCAGAGGGGAUAGCAAAACAGAGCUCAAAUUUGCUAGCAAGUCCAAGGGAAAAUUGUGGCCCUUCAUCAAAAAAAAUAAGCUUAUGUCCCUUUUAACAUCCCCCCAUCAGCCUCCCCCGCCUCCCCCUGCCUCUGCCUCACCCUCUGCUGUUCCCAACGGCCCCCAGUCUCCCAAGCAGCAAAAGGAACCCCUCUCCCAUCGCUUCAACGAGUUCAUGACCUCCAAACCUAAAAUCCACUGCUUCAGGAGUCUAAAGCGUGGGACUCAGUCUUUCUCUUUUCACAAAGAACUUAUGAAGAGGACUAUAGGGAAACCUACCUAUGCCAUUGAGGCUAGGGAAUAUGUUCUUUCUCUCAAGCUGGGUGCAGGACCAGAGGACUUCAGCAAUCUUCCACCAGAACAAAGAAGAAAAAAACUGCAGCAGAAAGUUGAUGAAUUAAAUAAAGAAAUCCAAAAGGAGAUGGAUCAAAGAGAUGCCAUAACAAAAAUGAAAGAUGUUUACAUAAAGAAUCCACAAAUGGGAGAUCCAGGCAGUUUGGACCACAAGUUGAUAGAAGUUGGACAGAAUAUUGAAAAGCUUCGACUAGAAGUCCAGAAAUUUGAGACCUGGCUCACUGAAGUUGAAGGCAGACUUCCUGUCCGUGGGGAACAGGCUAGACGACAGAGUGGAAUGUAUGAAGCACAAAAUACACCCUCAGUCAAUAAUUGUGCACAAGACCGGGAGAGCAGCCCAGAUGGCAGUUAUACAGAGGAACAAAGUCAGGAGAAUGAGCUGAAAAUGAUGGCCACAGACUUUGAUGACGAGUUUGAUGAUGAAGAGCCACUUCCUACCAUAGGAACCUGUAAAGCACUGUAUACAUUUGAAGGUCAGAAUGAAGGAACAAUUUCAAUAGCUGAAGGAGAAAUAUUAUAUGUCAUAGAGGAGGACAAAGGUGAUGGCUGGACACGAAUUCGCAGAAAUGAAGAUGAAGAAGGUUAUGUCCCAACUUCGUACGUUGAAGUCUAUUUGGACAAAAAUGCCAAAGGUGCUAUGACUUACAUUUAAUAGCAUUAAAAAAAAUUUUAGUUGGCAGUUUCUCUGUAACUGUUUCAAUUAGAACUUCUUUAAGAACUGGAUAAACUUCUCUUCUGUGCAUUUUUUCACAGUUACAUAGUAAAUUUAAUGCAUUGUAUAACUGACUUUUCGUUGAUUAUUUUAAUAGUAAGUUUCUCUUACUAAGAUAAAAUGCCCAUAUGGAGAGCUCAGUUAACUGCCAAUAUAUGCAUAUAUUCUCAUUUGAGAUAUAAAUAUCAAUUAUUUUUAUAGUGUCUCUAGAUAACAAGAAAGUUUUAAUCUAGCUUCUAUCAAAGUAUUUCAUUGUUAUCAUAUCUGACUCAAGCCCAGUUCUUAGUUAUACCUAAUAAGAAGCACUGAUAGUUGAUAAUUUGGGAGCAAGUUAGAGAUCCUUUGUUUUCUUUUUCACCAAUUUAUCAAAAGACUUAGAUUUUAAAAAAUUGAACUUGAAAAUUAUAUGCUUAUCUUCUGCCUACACAGUCAAGAAAGUUCUCAUUUUAAAAAAUUUGUUAAGAAACAUAAGUAUUUUGCCUAUAUGGGUUCAUUUUACAAAAUAAAGCUCUUUUACAAAGCUGAUUGGAAGAAAGAAGAUAUUAAUGCAUGUUAUGUUACUUAAGCCUAGGAAAAUGAUGUGAAUUAGAAUCAACAAACCAUAGGACGUUAGAGAUUGAAGGAACCUUAGAAAUUAUCUAGUUUUAUUUACCCAUUUUACUUAAGCCCUUGGUUUUAUGUGUUAUCAGAAUCUUUCCAGCCAUUAGUGAUUUGGGUUUACAUAUUUCAUAUGCUUUAAAACCAUAUCCAAGAUUCAAAAACUGCUUUCAUUUAAUCUAAUUUUACCCUUAUGUAUUUUUUUAUUAAAUCAAAUCUAUUUAACUAAGCCAAUACCCCAAAGUUGGAUCAUUAUUUUGAAGCCAGCAAAUAAUGUUUUAGUUAAUUUUUUAGAGAUUUUUUCCCUUUUAUCCCAUUCUUGAUAGGCAGCCCAUUUUGAUUCCAAGCAUUUUAAAUUGCAUUAUUAAAGUUUUAUUCAAAUUAUAAAAAGAAAAUACAGCGGCCCUUAAUUCACAGGUUUUUUUAAAUUGUCAAAAAUAUUUCCCCAUUUUACUUAAUAUCUGUGAAUGCUAACUUUAAGCUUCAGUACAAUUUUGCAUUGAGAAAUUCCAGGAUAAAAGGAAAUAUUUAUUUGUCCAUUACUCAAAUAUUGUUUUUUUUCCCCCAUUUGAAGGCAACAUAAUAAAUGCUGAAAAAAUAUAAAGUAGAUGAAACCAUUUUAUUAUUCAUAAUACAUAGUUUUAAAAACUUAAAUGCCAUGUUUUCAAAAAAUAAUUGUACACAUUGAUUCAGAAAACAUAUCAAUAGAUUUGUAAAGAGGAUGCCUUUAAUUUCCAUAGCCUCAUUGUGAGUAUUUUUAUAAUGGAUUUCUGAGAACAAUAGAAUAUAUAUAACAUUGACAGCUUAGUGAGAAUAUUUUGUUAGUUUUUAUUAUUUCAUUGUAUGAAAUAUUUAAGUGAUCCACUGAAUCUCAUUAACAUGAGUUUUUUGUACCAUUGUUAUGUAAUCUGACAAUAGCUAUUACUCAUAUUCCACAAGGUGAUUCAAAAAGAUUUCAUAUGGAAUCUACUUUGUUUUAUGUGCAGAACCCUAAGAAAAUUUCAAUGUUUUAAACUUCCCUAAAUGAAACCAUUUCUUAGAAGGAUACAUUCUGUCUGGAAUUGCUGUUAUCUUGAAUAGGCUGAACUUUCUUUUGUCAGAAAUAUUCUUGUGUUGAAAUGUACCAAAAAAACAAAAACAAAUUUUGCCUAUAAAGUUCUGCUUCCAUAAACUCUCAAAGUUAUUCAUGCUUUCUGUGGGAUCCUUUCCUUCUGCCUACUACCUGGUUUAUAAAUCUCAUACCUCAGCCAAUAGUUCUGUAAUACUGAUCCAUUGAGGAACAACUGCUGCUUCCCCAUGUCCAUAAUCUAAGAGUAGUGGUUAUAUUUUUAUUGAUGCCAGUGCACUUUUUUUUUUUUUUUUACAAUGUAGCUAAUUAUUUAAUGCUUGCCAAAAUAUUUAAAAUAUUAUAGCUAACUUUUGGGCAAUUGGAUUGUGUAAAGGAUUUUUAAAAUUGUCUUUCUGUUAAAUGUCAGUAAUUUCACAUAGAAGACAUUUGUAUAUAUUGCGAUUUAAAAACUAAAGAAUUACUUGAAUUUGACUUGUUUUUAACCUUUUGGUUUUUUUUUUUUAAUAUGAAUGUUUGUUUUAUUGGUUAUUUUAUUCUGCUGCCUAAUAAUCCUUUUGUUUUUAUAAGUGCUGGUUAAGCCACAAGGACUGUUACACUCGUAGCUAGGGUCCCUGCUGGCUGUUCCAGACUUGACUUUAUUAGAGACACUUUGAUUCUGAGUAAGUUAUGUUUGAAUGUAGCCAAUGUGAUUGUUUCUCUCUACUCCUAUUCUAAAAGAAAAACUCUUUGUCUGGUAUUACCUUCUAGCUCUGUCUUUAUAUUUGCUUCUAAUAAACAUUAUAUUUUCUCAUGA